AGCUAUGGCUAAACAUCACCCGGACUUGAUCUUUUGCCUCAAGCAGGCUCGUGUUGCCAUUGGAAGACUGUGUGAAAUAUGUGAUGGCAAGUGUGUGAUCUGUGACUCCUAUGUGUGUCCCUGCACCCUGGUGCGCAUGUGUGAUGAAUGUAACUACGGCUCUUACCAGGGACACUGUGUGAUCCGUGGAGGCCCCGGAGUUUCAGAUGCCUAUUUUUGUAAGGAGUGCACCAUCCAGGAGAAAGACAGAGAUGGUUGCCCAAAGAUUGUCAGUUUUGGGAGCUCUAAGACAGAUCUCUUCUAUGAACGCAAAAAAUAG